AUGGCACCGUCACUGCCGUCUUCACUCAGUCCGCAUAUCUGCAUAUUAUCUUCCCCAGACCUUGAAGAGGUCUUUGAGUCAUCAGGGCUGCCGCCUUUACCUCAAAUUUUGCAGUCAUUUGCCCCUCUUCCCCAAGUCACCACCCGCACGAUAUCACUCACUCCCGUACCCCACAGUUCUUUCGCCCUUCGUUUUUCCGACCUGGUCGAGAUUGAAACCGCGACGCACGAAGAUGAUGAGCAGCGGGCAGCACGAACAAUGGAUUGGAUGGCGGCGCGUAUUGCAGGGAGGUGCUCACGCUGGGUUGAUUUGAUGGAGAGUCAGGCAGCAAGCAGCAAGGACAGUGUAUGGAGAGACAGAACACCGUGGUGGGAAGAGGUGAAGAGGUGUGUCGAAGGAGACCACGUUCCGAACAGCAUGGAAGGGUGGAAUCAUCCUGUCGCAGUAAUAAUAGCUGUAUCGACAAAUGCUGUAAACCCUCUCCAAGCUCUUCAAGACCUACAUGCCCGUGCCAUCGACUUCCCACCAUGGGUAGAUGGCACUCACCUCCGAUACUCUCUGAUUGUACACCCUGCGAAUUCUCCGCUGGCUGAUCCAAUAGCAGAAGCGCUCUACAAUGCAGUCAAGAAGCAGUAUGGGUUACACAGUUACCUUCUCCCCCUGGCUCUGCCAACCUCUCCUUUGCCAGCUCCGGUGCCUAUUCCUCCUCCAAUACCCCGUCUGCCGACCCCAUCCGCAUACGAAACACCACCUCUUGCACCUUACACCCCUCUCAGUGGUCUCACAGCUCCCGCCACACCUACACUAACGAUGUCUCCCAUGCCUCGAUCUCCUAGGCCAUCGAAUCUCAUGGCAGACCAACGACAACCAACUCCUACUCCUAAUACUGCAAACGCAAGUACACUACGUCUGAGCGAGAGGGAUAUUCAGCAGACCGGUAAGUUCGUCCGUGAGUUUGUCGUGAUGAGCCUCGUGCCGUGGAUGGAGAGAUGUGUUGUAGAAUGGAACGAGACAUACUCAUCAUCGCGCCGCUUGCCGUCUCGUCUCUUCUCUUCUACGCGGCGUCUCUUUGGGUCUUCCGCUCCGGCUUCCCCUGCUCCUCCAACACCAAACCACGGUUCGAACUCAUCAGUCUCAUCUAUGUCUUCUCGCUUCACACACGGCCCAAAUAAUUCUGUCAGUUCGAUAACUUCGACAAGCUCUUUCGGGACUAUUAUUGGUGGAACAGUCACUCAGCAGAGACGACUGGCUGAGUUCGCGACAAUGCUAGGCGAUCACAAGCUUGCUGUCACGGUGUGGGAGGCCUUGCGAAAGGAUUCAAAAGGAGGUUCCGAUGUUUUACCCAUUCUUCUAGCUCCGUCUCCAGCAUUGGCAUUGCAUGCUUCAAAUGCCCUCACAGCGCUGCAAUCUCAGCCGCAGUUAUCUUCUGAGGCUCCCGCUUUGGUGCAGCUACGCGGACUCGUCUACGCAGUGCGGUGGGACAUAAGUGUCGACAAAGUCGAUUUUGUUGGUCCCGUUCUGGAAGGAGAGAGGUGGCUGGUACAGGCUGCCGGUAGUGCAGAUGAACCUCCCGCUGCACUCCUGCUCGCCCAUGCCGCAUUCCUUAGCGAGAGGAAAGGGAGACGGAGAAGAUCCGCACUCUGGUAUCUGUCCGCUGCCGACAGACUCGAAAAGGCCGGUAUUAAACCUCUGGCGAUGCACUUCUUUCGGAAAGCACAUCAUCUGUACAAGACUCCUCCGGCGGCGCAGAUUUCACCAUCGUUCUGGGAGAGUGAGGAUAAGGACCCCAAGGACUGGCGAGGUUUCGAUGACGUUCUGCCAGGAAUCGAGCACGAAUUGGGUCGACUUAUGUACACAACCGGUAAUACGGAGGGGGCAGUUCGGUAUUUCCUAGGAUUGCUGCGAUGGUGCUCUUUGCAUCCACAACUUCCGUCGCAUUCAGCGAAUGGCACCGCAUCAUCCGAAGUGAAGCCAGUCACGACCGACAAGGUCUAUCUGGAGGAUUUCCGGGUGGCAACCAAGCACUUCAAGACGACUGAGCGAGACCAAUGGGAAGCGGCCGCUUUGCAACUGCCCAUUACUUUCUGCCAGGUGAAGCAGACCCGCGUACGUUUUCCUGGCGAUGCUAUUGAGGGUGAUGCAACGGAAUGGGAUAAGAAGGAGGAAGAGUGGUCUGCUUUCUGGGCCCCUCGUGGUAAGGAAAAGCUCGAGAAGAGUGGGAAGGCUGCAGUUGACGAGACAUUUUGGGUUGACCUUGUAUUGCACAAUUCCUUGAAUGUGGAGGUCACAUUGUCCGGCCUCUCUGUCGUUGUCCGGGAGAAGUCUGCUGGAGAUGCGGACCCUAAUGACGACCUCGUGAAUAUCGAGGUUGUCGAUGAUAUUGUCUUAGAAGCUAAGGAUACCCGUACAAUUCCGGUCUCUGUUAAGUGCCGACGCCCAGCCUCGUUGGUUAUCACACAUGCCGUAUAUAAUUUCCUGGAUCUCCUUCCAGCUACCGAAUCACUGGCGAUCCGCGGUCGACGUUUGCACGAUACCCCUCUUCAGAGACAGACCAAAGCCUACGCUCCGGACGUACCAAUACAAAUAGAAGUAGAAGAAGCCGGACAGCGGCUACAUGUGAACUUCGUGGACGAUAGACAUCUGAUCUUAGGCCAGGGAGAGUACAAACAUCUGAAGUUAUCUUUGACAAACUCGGGAACAAGAAGUAUCCGUGAACUUUGGAUGCUUACUGGGAAAGACGAUGAGAUAUGGAUAGAUAUUCAAGUACCUAAUGGCUCUGAUCCCUCAACAUCAUCACCCUCGUUCACGGAGAUCUUGCAUUCUAGCAACUCGCUGGCUCCACGGAGGCCAUACUGCGUAUCGCUGGAGCAAAUUCAUAAAUCAUCGGUACUUGGACCUGGGGAGAAUAUGCAGAUUCCUGCCGUACUUCAUGCCUCUCAUGUUGCAGAGCAAGAUCUGUGUAUCCUGUUCAUAUUCCGAGAGGCCGAAGGAGCGGCCUUCCAUUGUUCGAGAGUAAUUCGACACUACGAAGUUCGGCCGGUCAUUCAUGCCUCUGCGUCCUCGCGACCAAGUCAAUCCCCCGAUCGCUCGUUUGUACUCAAUCUAGAGGUGGAAAAUUUGACGGCAUCAAAUGACAUCCGUUUGACCCAAGUCACUACAAUGAGUGGCAUGUGGUCAUGUAGUCCUCUAUCAACUCAGUCUGUCGGUCCUAUACCACCGCACCAAGUUGCCAGGUUGACAUUGGGUGCCACCCGAUGGCAAGGCGGUUCUGGCUCUGAUCCAACAAUAGACUUUGUGUCCCAAAAGCUCAGAGAUGUGCUAAGUGGGAACAGCCCCGAUACGUCGGAGCCACCCCCAAUAGAUCUCGUAUGCGGCCAUGUUUCGGAGGAUUUCACGAUUCGUUCGGUGAACGUACCUUCCACGCGACAUUUCAUUCGCAGCUGCAAGCGAAGCCAAACCGCACAUUUGGUGGCCUCCUCCCACCCCUACGUCCCUGCAGAUUCCCAUCAUUUGAUCUUCCCGCUGCACAACCCUUAUUCUGUGGAUAUCCUCGUGUUCUGGGAGCUCCCUGCUCAAGGUCGCUCUGGACAUGUUCUUAUCUCAGGAAUUACGCUUGGAGCCCGUCAUGGUGCGCUGAAAGAAAUCGUGGAAGAGGCUGACAGCGCGAAAGUGAAACGAUCUAUGUACGCUGAAACCCGGAGGCAGCGCUCGGAGAUCCUGAGGUCGAUCCGGGACAGCGAAUGGAACGCGGAGAUGAAUCCUGUUGUUGUCACCGUGCAGGAUGGUCGUAGGGUAGACCACGACUUUUCAAAGGGGCCCCGUCACGUCUCAGUUGCGUUCACAUUGCGAAACUUGUCUUUAACCCACCCGUCGAGGAUAGUGCUCAAGCUGCAGUCAGCGUCAGCCGAACCUGCGUCUUCUGCUGCUCUGCUACCUCCACAGUACGCCGGCCGCCUAACGUAUCGGAGCACGCUAGCACCGUCUGCGUCGCAUAUCUUUCAGGUCAAGUUAUGGGUUACUCGACCCGGGAGCUAUGCCCUCGACGGGUGGACUGUUGAGACGGACGUUGGUGAGCGAGCAAACGCAGGGACUUCUACUGGAGUCUGGAGGACGAGACAUCGCUAUGUGCAGGGCCCGCUGGCGGAUUACCGGCACUCUGUUACUGUCGUCGACGUUACACCAUCAUGA